AUGAAGUCCUCCCUUCUCGCCAUCCUCGGCGGUGCCUCCUCUGCUCUGGCAGCCGUCCGAGGCUUUAACUACGCCUCGCAGGGCCAGGACUACAAUGGCUUCGCCAGUCAAUUCAAGACCGCCGCCUCCCUGGCCGGUGCCAGCGACUUUACCAGCGCAAGAUUGUACACAAUGAUUCAGGAGGGGACCACCAACACCCCCAUCGAUGCCAUUCAAGCCGCUAUCGACACCAACACCACCCUCCUGCUUGGUCUCUGGGCGUCCGUCGACCAAUCCACAUUCGACAAUGAGAUCACCGCCUUGAAGAGCGCGAUUCAACAAUAUGGCUCUUCGUUUGCCGACUUGGUUGUCGGUAUCUCGGUCGGUAGUGAGGAUCUGUAUCGUAUCUCGCCUACUGGUAUUGCUGCCGGCAGUGGCGUCGGUCAAUCUCCAGAUACCUUGGUCAAUUACAUUGGACAAGUCCGUGACACCAUCAAGGGCACGUCUCUAGGCACCAAGCCAGUUGGCCACGUCGACACCUGGAACGUCUUUGUCAACGACACCAACUCCAAGGUGAUCUCGAACUGUGACUUCCUGGGUCUCGACGAGUACCCGUACUACCAGACCACCGAUACUAACAGUAUCGACAACAGCUCCUUCCUGUUUUUCCAAGCGUACGACCGCGUUUCUGCCGUGGCUCAAGGCAAGCCGAUUUGGGUCACCGAGUCUGGCUGGCCAACAACAGGACCUACCUCUAACCUCGCUGUUGCAAGCGUCGACGAUGCCGAAACCUUCUGGCAAGGUGUCGCCUGUGCUCUCGAGAACCGUGGUAUCAACUUCUGGUGGUACAUCCUCGCCGACGAGGGUGCCUCCCCAUCUUUCGGUGUCUCCAGCAACGGAAAGCCUCUAUACAACCUUGCUUGCAACUCCACCGCCGGUUACACAUCGACCUCAUCUGCGAGCUCCUCAACUGCGACCGCUUCUAAGAACGGUACCGCGACUGCCUCUCACGGAUCCGGCUCGGGAAGUGGCUCUGCGACCUUGUCCACAGUCACCGCUUCUGGAGCUGCUGGUGCCGGUCCUUCAGGUGCUGUCCCUGCUGGUGCUACGGGUUCCUCUGGUGCUGGUGCUGGCGGCGCAACUGCCACGCAGAACGGCGGAGCCACUGGCACCAAUGGCGCUACCCACUCUACCUUCACCGGUGCUGCCACCAAAGCCCAAGGAUCCAUGGCUGGUCUGGCCAUCGGCGCCCUGUUUGCGGCGUUGGUCUUGUAA